AGAGUCGUGUUUGUACGACCAUAAUACAAAAAAGAUAUUGAAAAUGAAAACGUGCGGAGCAACUCGAUUACAUUUAAAACAUGAUUGAAAUUUAAUUUUAAAAAAAUAGAUUUUAGACAAAAGAAAACUUCAAAAUUACAAGGUGUUGGAUGGAGAAUAAAGGGUAGAAAAGUCUAUUAGAGAACACCUUAUUUUUAUAUGAUUGAUUAAUUAACAUUCAGUUUUGUAAUUCUUCUCAAUAAUUUUAUAUUCCCAUAAAAAAAUAGUCAACACCGUCUAAACACCACCGACCGUUAUUUUAUUAAAUUUUAAUGUCUGCAUACGUGUCUCCUAAUGUUAAAACCGAGUGACAUUUAUGUAAUUUGGCUAAGAGUUAAGAAACAAGAAAAGAAAAAAUCGACAAAGAGAUUCCAAAAUUGAAUUGAAAAGCGAUUAUCCCAAUCUCAUUCUUUUCAUCAAAAUCAGAAGUAAUAAUCGAUUAUGGACGAACAUGGCGAUUGCAAUUUCAAUCACUCAUCAUCAAACUGAGGAUGUCACAAACUGACGUUUCUUACUGCUGUGGCUCAUGUGGAUACCCUCUGAACUUGACAUCGUCGAAUCGAAUCACAUCUAACAUUGCAUCAGAAUACAAAAAGUCUGUUAAGAAAGGGUCAAUCUCCUUUUCAUCAGUUGAUCUCAGCCGCUUUACACAGGUUGAUGAAAUAAAUUGUCUUCCGGUUUCAUGGUUGUGUCCUUCAAAGACUAAACUGCUUUGCCGUAAAUGUGGAGUUCUUAUUGGUUAUGGUUAUAGUGGACAAGCACCUGCACUUUGUGGAUGUGAGCCUUCCAUUUCGUCGAGCUCUCUGACGAAAUUCUCGGUGAAGAUUCGAUCGUUACAGCCAUCUUCGGAUGAGUCUUGAAAAGGUUGAGAUGGAUGGGAUUUCCAAAAUUGGCGCUACCUCGAUUGUUCAUCUACCGGAUGACUGUCUUACUAUUAUUUUCCUUGCUUUAGAUUGUCGGGCUGAUCGUGAAUCGUUUGGGUUGACUUGCCGACGAUGGCUUCAUAUU